CAAAAGCUCGUCGAGCCAGAAAAACAGCUCGGCGUCCACUCACACACCCCGUGGAAACACCUGACAAUCAUAACAGCUCGGCGUCCGCAUACCUCCACCGAGCGCUGCUUUUUACCCACCGUCGGAGGUACUCCCAGCCAAAAUGAGUAAAAUCACGAAAUUCUUUAAAGGGAGUUCGAGCUCCGGCUCGUCGUCGUCCGGGGGUAGGUCCAAACACCAUCACCGGUCCAAGGGGGGACCCUCUGCCGGGGAGGCCAUCCACAAGCUCCGGGAGACCGAGGAUAUGUUGAGCAAGAAACAGGAUUACCUGGAAAAAAGAAUAGAGCAGGAAGUAAUGGUAGCCAAAAAGCACGGCACAAGAAAUAAGAGAGCUGCCCUGCAGGCCCUGAAAAGGAAGAAGCGCCUGGAGCAGCAGCUGACACAGAUCGACGGCACGCUUUCUACCAUCGAGUUCCAGCGGGAGGCUCUGGAGAACUCGCACACCAACACAGAGGUGGUGAGAAACAUGGGCUACGCUGCCCAGGCCAUGAAGAAGGUCCACGAGAGCAUGGAUCUAAACAAGAUAGACGAUCUAAUGGAGGACAUCAACGAACAGCAAGAUGUGGCUCGUGAGAUCAAUGAAGCUAUCUCCCGACCUUAUGGUGACACUUUCGACGAGGAUGAGCUGCUGGCUGAGCUGGAGGAGCUCGAGCAGGAAGACAUGGACGAGAACCUGAAGAGCAUGGGUGGACUGCCCUCGGUGCCCAGUGCCAGACUGCCCUCGGCUCCAUCAGGACGGGUAGCUCACCGCGCAACGGCCAGAAGAAGGGCUGAUGAUGAGGAAGACAUGCGCAUGCUGGCAUCAUGGGGAUCAUAAGCCAUUUUUUAAGGGGAGGAGGGAACUAAGCAAUGACAGACUUUCAUUUUAAAUUUCUCAGUGGGUUUGAAGCAAUUACCACCAUGUUGGGACAUCUUCCCCGUGUGUUAAUUGAGCAGUUGCCAUGCUACAUUUAAAGAAAUUAUUACUGUGCUUCCUGUCACUUUUUUUCUGUUUCAUUUUAAAAUUUGAUCUGAAUUCAAAUUGGCGCAGAGUAACUUACGCUAAAGGAUUUCCAGCACUGAGCAUCAAACUACACUACUUGUUCCACAGCUGUAGAUAAUCUCUUUGCUCUAUUGUAAAUAUUUUUGCUUUUAUUUUCAACUAUAAUAAAAAACAUAUGAUGAACAUA